AAAUGUAUCCUUUUGUAUAAUACAUUGCCAACCCAAUAACUACCUAAAAACUAGUUUAGUUAGUGUGAGGUGAAUUACAGGAUGGCAUCUUUGGCAACUCUUGCUGCUGUGCAGCCCACAAGUGGCCUAGCUGGAAGUUCCAUUGCUGGAACUAAGCUACAUGUUAAAUCAUCUCGCCUUAAUGUCAAGUCUACCAAAUCCUGCAGGGCUGGUGCUGUGGUUGCAAAGUAUGGUGACAAGAGUGUAUAUUUUGAUUUAGAGGACUUGGGCAACACCACUGGUCAGUGGGACUUGUAUGGUUCAGAUGCACCCUCACCAUACAACUCCCUUCAGAGCAAGUUCUUUGAGACCUUUGCCGCUCCUUUCACCAAGAGAGGAUUGUUGCUCAAAUUCCUGAUAUUGGGAGGUGGCUCAACUCUUGCAUACUUCAGUUCAACAGCGUCAGGGGAUAUACUACCAAUUAAGAAAGGGCCGCAACUUCCACCCAAGCUUGGUCCACGCGGAAAGAUCUAAUUUCUUUUCAAUCAAGCUUUCUCAACCUUCAUAUUGUAAUUGAUGUAUCUGGUCUCCAGCUUGUAAGUAUUCUUGAAGCCUACAUGAGACCUUUGUUACAAGAAGUUAAAUCUUAUGGCAUUCGGUUUAUCUUGUUGCAAAGUUGGAGCUUGUUUUCUA